AUGUCUGCCAACAUCGUGAAUGCGACAGGGAUAGAAUGCCUCAUACAGCAGCGCUAUCCCGGCACCUCUCGCGAUGAAGCCUAUGUCAGACUCUUCAACGACCUGAAGCCUCUUAUGAAUCCUGCUGCGGUAGGAUGGCACAACUUCAUACAAGCCCUUGCAAUUCUCCUCAACAAGCCAGUUUAUAGUGUCGCUGAAUCUGCAGGUCGUACAGCCCAGCGCAUCCUUGGAGCCGUUUCUCAGAACCCUUCGGAAACGUCCCAGCCCGUCAAAAAUAAUCCAAAUGACAUCUCGGAUCAGACGAUGAUACAGAUACUCCGCAAUCUGGCAGCGGCUGCCGGAGAUCUUCCAGAAGUGGUAUCAAAUACCGGUUCCGAUGGCAGUGAAGAGUACAAAAUUCAACACAGCUCCGAUGGGUACGUAGCUGGAAUCCACCAGGAUAAUCAAAGCCAACAGGUCAUUAACAAAACAAUAAACAGCUUCUCUAGAGGCGGACCCCGAAUGUUCAGACUUUUCAAUAACUCCUUCAACGCUGGGCCGAAGGAGUUACGGGCCAUCGGAUUAAACCCCAAGGACAUUCCUGAUGAGACAAGCUAUCAGACGACACCAAUGGUCCAGGGCUGGAAGUUCCACGGCUUCGGAUAUUUCAUCUACAAGUUCGUCGACAAUGAAACUAAGACUGUUGGCGGAGGAAAGGCCGAUGGACGUCAUGCCUUUUAUGUCUUCAAUCCGACAACCAGUGCCAACGAAGAGUUCAGGACACAGGUCCAAAAGAGGCCCUUACAAGCCUCAUUUGGAGGGAUGUGCUCCGAUCUCGAGGCUGUUUUCCUUCUUAUGUGGCAAAACCGUCGGUCGCUUCGAAAGAGAGACCCGGAAAAUGCAGAUAACGUGAUAUUCCACUUGCUGGUUCCGGCAAAGAGGACUUUCGCUAUUGCAGAGAGAAUGGCCAUCGAUGAUGGAGUGGGGAAGCUGAUAAUUAGAGGGUACAGGGACGAAGGUGCCUGCUAUGCGUGGUUCAAUUUUGUAUCAUUGCCACGGCAAGUGGUACUACAUGAUAAGAGUGGUGCACUUGCAUUUUUCGGCUGCGGGCUCAUUACAAUUAUCACCGGUUUUUUUAUCCCUCCGGCAGCGCCAUACUUUGCUUGGCUGUGUCUUGCAUCGUUGGCAGUGACAUUGAAGUAUGGCGUACUGGAUGAACUGCGACGGAGUUACCGAUCUCCUCCUCGUACUCUCGGUCCUCCGUCAGAUGUUCGUCGAGAAAGAAAGAAAGAUUGA